CGAACAUCAUGGACACGGUUGCUUUAACGUUGCGGCGCGUUUGACCUGGCAACAAGGAAACCGGCCAAAGGACACCAUUUUAUUCUCCUCCUUCAGUCCCACCUCGCCAACCGCAUUCGAUACAGACCCAACCCUCUCAACUGAGCGUGCGGAAAGCGUGUCUGUCUGUCACGACAACCUCACCCCACGCCCUCUCUGUCACUUUUGCUUCUUCACUCUGUCAACUGAAGGUUCCUCCACUGCCUCGCCGGCGUUCACAACCUCUAAUACUCUUCCAAAAUGCGGUUCAACUUUUCUCGAACUCUAAUUAUGGUGCUGAGCAUCCUACCAUUAGUUUUCGCUCAAGACUACUACAAAAUACUAGGAGUCGACAAAUCGGCCUCCGACAGAGACAUCAAGCGCGCAUAUCGUACGCUGUCCAAGAAAUGGCAUCCCGACAAGAACCCCGACAAGCCCGAAGCUACCGACAAGUUCCGCGAAGUAGCCGAGGCCUACGAGACGUUAUCGGACGCCGAGACCCGCAAGCUAUAUGACCGCCACGGCGCCGAGGGUCUGAAACAGCACCAACAGGGCGGCGGCCGCCAGCAACACCACGAUCCCUUCGAUCUCUUCUCGCGCUUCUUUGGCGGCGGCCACUACGGCGGCGGAAUGCAGCGUGGCCGGGACAAGGACGUCAAGAUUGCCGUGCCGCUGCGCGACUUCUACACCGGCGCUCGAAAGACCUUUUCUGUCGAGAAGCAGCACAUAUGCAAUGAGUGUCAGGGAAGCGGGAGCACGGACGGACAUACCGAGUCGUGCAACGAGUGCGGAGGCCGCGGAAUGCGCAUCGUCAAACAUAUGCUCGCCCCCGGAAUGUUCCAGCACGUGCAGAGCGUGUGCGAUAAGUGCGGCGGACAGGGCCAGAUCAUCAGCCACCCCUGUAAGGUGUGCAAAGGCCAAAAGGUGGUGCGCGGGGAGGCUACAUUCGAGCUCGACGUGGAGAAGGGUGUGCCGAAGGGGGAGACAGUGGUCUUCGAGAAUGAAGCCGACGAGAGUCCUGAAUGGAUCGCGGGUAACCUCCGCGUUCAUCUCGAUCAACUGGAUCCGGACGGAAAGGUGGACCCAGACAAUGUGGAUGAGGUGGCGCAUGGCCCUACCGACGGCAUGUGGUUCCGACGGAAGGGUGUCGACCUAUACUGGAAGGAAGCCCUCAGUCUUCGGGAGGCUCUCCUCGGCGAUUGGGCCAGAAACCUCACGCAUCUCGACGGACAUCUGGUUAGACUGGGAAGGAAGUUGGGAGAGACCAUCCAGCCCAACUUUGUCGAGAGAAUAAAGGGCGAGGGCAUGCCCAUCUGGAAGGACGAGGACGAUAAAUACGGCGAUCUAAUUGUCGAAUACCAGGUUAUCCUGCCAGAUCUGAUGGAGAGCGCCAUGAGGGCGGACCUGAAUGCGGUUUUCAACAAGUGGCUGGAUAAGAAGACAGGAAGCAGUGGAGAGGGCGAGUCACCGGGGGGUUUAUUGGGUCCGUUGGCAGGACAAACCGUGACGAUCUGGCGGUGUAAAGAUCUCCCUCUGACAGAGCUUGUUCCUGCUGUUUCAGCCUUUUUGCUUGCAAUGGUGGGUGGAAUGUUUUUGUUUCGAAGGGGCUAAUUACAUAUUUACAAUGAGAAUGGGAUGGAUCAUGCGAGGGGGGCCAACUUUUGUGUAUUUUAGGAAAGGGUUCCGGAUUCCCGCUGCAGGAGCUGAUGGUUUGUAUCCAUCCAUAGAUGAUUGAGUUUUUACCUGGUCCAGUG